AGGGUGCCAUUUGGACAGAAAGAGGCGGAGCUGUGCUCAGGAAGGGUGCAAUUUGGACAGAAAGAGGCAGAGCUGUGCUCAGGUAGGAUGCUAUUUGGACAGAAGGACGCGGAGCUGUGCUCAGGUAGGGUGCCAUAUGGACAGAAGGAGGCGGAGCUGUGCUCAGGUAGGGUGCCAUAUGGACAGAAGGAGGCGGAGCUGUGCUCAGGUAGGGUGCCAUUUGGACAGAAGGAGGCAGAGCUGUGCUCAGGUAGGGUGCCAUUUGGACAGAAGGAGGCAGAGCUGUGCUCAGGUAGGGUGAGAUUUGGACAAAAGGAGGCGGAGCUGUGCUCAGCUAGGGUGUCAUUUGGACAGAAGGAGGCGGAGCUGUGCUCAGGUAGGGUGUCAUUUGGACAGAAGGAGGCUGAGCUGUGCUCAGGUAGGGUGUCAUUUGGACAGAAGGAGGCUGAGCUGUGCUCAGGUAGGGUGAUAUUUGGACAGAAAGAGACAGAGCUGUGUUCGUUUAGGGUGUCAUUUGGACAGAAGGAGACAGAGCUGUGCUCAGGAAGGGUAUCAUAUGGACAGAAGGAGGCAGGGCUGUGCUCAGGUAGGGUGAGAUUUGGACAGAAAGAGGCAGGGCUGUGCUCAGGUAGGGUGUCAUUUGGACAGAAGGUGGCAGAGCUGUGCUCAGGUAGGGUGAGAUUUGGACAGAAAGAGGCAGUGCUGUGCUCAGGUAGGGUGCUAUUUGGACAGAAGGAGGCGGAGCUGUGCUCAGGUAGGGUGCCAUUUGGACAGAAGGACGCGGAGCUGUGCUCAGGUAGGGUGCCAUAUGGACAGAAGGAGGCGGAGCUGUGCUCAGGUAGGGUGCCAUUUGGACAGAAGGAGGCAGAGCUGUGCUCAGGUAGGGUGAGAUUUGGACAAAAGGAGGCGGAGCUGUGCUCAGCUAGGGUGUCAUUUGGACAGAAGGAGGCGGAGCUGUGCUCAGGUAGGGUGCCAUAUGCACAGAAGGAGGCGGAGCUGUGCUCAGGUAGGGUGUCAUUUGGACAGAAGGAGGCGGAGCUGUGCUCAGGUAGGGUGUCAUUUGGACAGAAGGAGGCUGAGCUGUGCUCAGGUAGGGUGUCAUUUGGACAGAAGGAGGCUGAGCUGUGCUCAGGUAGGGUGAUAUUUGGACAGAAAGAGACAGAGCUGUGUUCGUUUAGGGUGUCAUUUGGACAGAAGGAGACAGAGCUGUGCUCAGGAAGGGUAUCAUAUGGACAGAAGGAGGCAGGGCUGUGCUCAGGUAGGGUGAGAUUUGGACAGAAGGAGGCAGGGCUGUGCUCAGGUAGGGUGAGAUUUGUACAGAAAGAGGCAGUGCUGUGCUCAGGUAGGGUGUCAUUUGGACAGAAGGUGGCAGAGCUGUGCUCAGGUAGGGUGAGAUUUGGACAGAAAGAGGCAGUGCUGUGCUCAGGUAGGGUGCUAUUUGGACAGAAGGUGGCAGAGCUGUGCUCAGGUAGGGUGUCAUUUGGACAGAAGGAGGCAGAGCUGUGCUCAGGUAGGGUGUCAUUUGAACAGAAGGAGGCAGAGCUGUGCUCAGGUAGGGUGUCAUUUGGACAGAAGGUGGCAGAGCUGUGCUCAGGUAGGGUGAGAUUUGGACAGAAAGAGGCAGAGCUGUGCUCAGGAAGGGUGAGAUGUGGACAGAAAGAGGCAGUGCUGUGCUCAGGUAGGGUGCUAUUUGGACAGAAGGUGGCAGAGCUGUGCUCAGGUAGGGUGAGAUUUGUACAGAAAGAGGCAGUGCUGUGCUCAGGUAGGGUGCUAUUUGGACAGAAGGUGGCAGAGCUGUGCUCAGGUAGGGUGCCAUAUGCACAGAAGGAGGCAGAGCUGUGCUCAGGUAGGGUGAGAUUUGGACAGAAAGAGGCAGAGCUGUGCUCAGGUAGGGUGUCAUUUGGACAGAAGGACGCGGAGCUGUGCUCAGGUAGGGUGCCAUAUGGACAGAAGGAGACGGGGCUGUGCUCAGGUAGGGUGCCAUUUGGACAGAAGGAGGCAGAGCUGUGCUCAGGUAGGGUGUCAUUUUGACAGAAGGAGGCAGAGCUGUGCUCAGGUAGGGUGUCAUUUGGACAGAAGGAGGCUGAGCUGUGCUCAGGUAGGGUGUCAUUUGGAUAGAAGGAGGCAGGGCUGUGCUCAGGAAGGGUGCCAUAUGGACAGAA